CCUUUCUGUUCUGCCAUGGCUCCUAUAGUGCCCCGCUGUCUAGUGUCACACGGGCACUGGGAGUCUCUCUACUCUUCUUUAGAGUGCCAUGGGGGGCCAUCUCCCAGUGCCACGGAGGCACUGGGAGUGACUCGCACACUCGUCUCAGACAGGCUCCCAGUUCAUCUCUGUCAUGGAGAUCCAGAAUGGGCGUCGUUCAACAUAGGAAUAUUUUUGUGCACAACGUGCGCCACGUGGCACAGAAGAUUAGGCACACACGUAUCCAAAGUGAAGUCUCUCAAAUUAGACAAAUGGGAUGAUGAGCAAGUGGAGAUGAUGGACGCGGUAGGCAACGAACAAGCUAAGCAGAAAUAUGAAGUCCACGUACCUGCAUGCUAUAGAAUACCUCGAGCAGGAGAUCCCCCAGUAUUACUAGAGCAGUGGAUCCGUGCCAAGUAUGAGCGGCAAGAGUUUAUUAAUGUUGACAAGCAAACUUACAUCACCAACAACUCCAUUGAAGGAACGUUAAUGAAAAAGGCUCGUGAUGAAAACAAAUAUUUUCCUCGUAAAUUUGUUAUUUCUGACAAAUCUUUAAAAUAUUAUAGUAAAGAGAACUCAAAAGAACCAAAAGCAACAAUACCAUUAUCUGAAUUGAAUGUGUGCUUAGCGCCAAGCAAAAUGAAUCAAGACAAUGGCCUUCAGUUGUCAUAUAUGUGUGACGGCUCUACACGGCACAUGUAUGUGUACCAUGAGAGUGGGGAAACAAUUAUACAGUGGUAUAUGGCCAUACGUAGCAUAAAGUUAAAUUGGCUCAUGGUUGCAUAUCCUAGUGUUGCUGCUGAAGAACUGGUGCCAUAUUUAACCAACGACUUUGUUAUUGAGGGCUGGCUUUCCAAGACGGGUCCCAACGAAAGAGACGCCUACAGAAAACGCUGGUUUAUUCUUGAUGACCGUAAGCUCAUGUAUCAUGAAGGUCCAAUGGAUGCCUACCCGAGAGGAGAAAUAUUUCUUGGUUACAAGGAUGACAAUUACAGCAUUAAAGAAGGAGUCCCAAGAGGCUGCAAGGAUCACGACUUUUCAUUUUCCCUCAAAACUCCAGAGAGAACCUUCGUCAUGUCUGCCCCAACGUCAGAUGAGCGAUCACGAUGGAUGCAGGCCAUAAACACAGUAUUGGAACGAACGCUCAGACCACAGGACAACCAGAGUAAGCUGGCUCUCUCAUCCAGUAGGAGUGGCUGUCAACUUGGUUCGCAAGAGACCUGGCAAAUUUAGUUUAGACAUCUUUAGUCUUGGAUGAAGCAGAGUUUCAUCAGAGCUUAAAUGUACCAAAAUAGACUCUUAUUUUGCUGUAAGUCUACAAGGUGAGAAAACUAUUAUAUAGUCAUAAAUGUGCAAUCCCAGGCAAUAACUAUGGAGAAUAGUCUUGGUCGCAAUCGUUUAACAUUAAGGUCUUCAGAAUCUAAUGGAGAAACCCUUGUUAUUUUAUUGUUAGGAGAUUUAUACUUCCAGUAUUAUAAAUGUGAUGAUUUAAGUUCAUCACUCUUAUACUUUAUUUGGAAGUCACCCCUUGAAUGAUAUUGUGAUCAUCAUACAAGCAGGAAAGAUGUGAAUCCCCAUGAUGAUGUGGACUUGAAGACUGACACAACUUCCAGAGUCAAGAGCUUUAUAGUCUCUCAAGGAAACUAUUUACUGUUAACAUACAUAAAAGAGAAACUGUGUUGCCUUAUUUAACUUUUCUCUGACAGAAGACUUACACAAAUUAGAAAUGCAGUACAAGUACAGUACAUUUUACGAAUGGCAGAAUAAUAAAAAAAAAACUUGUAUACAGUAUCUAAAAUUCUUGAGUAAUUGCUAUUUGUAUUCCUGGUAAAAAUGGCAACGUAAGCUUUUCUGGUGGAGAUGAUGAACACAGAGUUAUUUUACUCCUUGGCGAGUAAGAUGUGUCAAAAAUAUGAUCCUGUAUAGCUAUGCUGGAUGUUGCUAUUCAUAGAGUACAUAUGGUAUGAUGUUUCCAAAUGUAAUAUUCAUAGCGUUACAGUUAUAUCUUGUUGUAACUUCAAAUAUUUAAUGUUUUACAAAUGACUAAACUGUAGAUAAAUAAACAUUGAUGCUCAAAGAAAUAUUUAAAGUUAGUUUUUCAAUGAAUCUUUGUGAUUUUAUAUUUUUUUUUUUCAGUUAUAAUUUCUGUACUGGUGACACAUGUAAAAUAUUAUUUAGAACCAAUAUUGAGAGAUUAGUGUUUCAACAAUGUGACAUUUCAGUUGUAUCAAUUACAGUAGUAUAGUUACUUUAUUACAAACAUUUUGCUCACAUGGCAUUUAGAAGCAUACAAAAUAUAUAUGAAGUAUAUUUAGUCUUACAGGCAGCCUUCCUUCUGUAAUGCAUAUUUUCAGUGAAAGUAAAAAUGUAUGUAAAUUUGUCAGGGAAAUUGUAAUGAGUGUAGGUUGGUACAUAUGUUGCGUCUCCGUGAUCCAGGUGAACUGUAAUGAAGUAGUGUGUAAGGUGGAUAUACAUGUUGGGUCUCCGUGAUCCAGGUGAACUGUAAUGAAGUAGUGUGUAAGGUGGAUAUAUAUGUUGAGUCUCCGUGAUCCCGGUGAACUGUAAUGAAGUAGUGUGUAAGGUGGAUAUACAUGUUGAGUCUCCGUGAUCCAGGUGAACUGUAAUGAAGUAGUGUGUAAGGUGGAUAUACAUGUUGAGUCUCCGUGAUCCAGGUGAACUGUAAUGAAGUACUGUAGUGUGUAAGGUGGAUAUACAUGUUGAGUCUCCGUGAUCCCGGUGAACUGUAAUGAAGUAGUGUGUAAGGUGGAUAUACAUGUUGAGUCUCCGUGAUCCAGGUGAACUGUAAUGAAGUAGUGUGUAAGGUGGAUAUACAUGUUGAGUCUCCAUGAUCCAGGUGAAUUGUAACGAGGAAGAAUGUAGGUUAAUGCAUAUGUCGAGUCUUCGUAAUCCAGGUGAAUUUACAGAUGCGUUAAAUUUCUCUAGGAUAAUUAUUUUGUCUGUCUCUUCUGGGGUCAAAAAAUAAAAUUAAAUAGUUAUUUUACAUUAAGUAUUACAAAAUUGUCUGAAUGGAUAUUGCACAAAAUCAAUGAAAUAUUUUAACAAAGGGUAACUUAAAAGAAAAUAAUUUUAUGGUGAUUACAGUUCCAGUACAUAUUUUCACUAAAAGAGAAAUACAUAGUCAUUGAAAUAUGAAACUGAAUUGUGAUUAGUUAAACAUAGGUAGUAAAUUAAGUUUGUGGAUGAGUGGUAUAUUUAUAAUUACACAUAUAAUAGCUGUCAAAGUGAAAUAUAUACAGUACAUGGGUCUGAGAAUGGUGAUGUGUGCAUGUGAUUAUUCUAUGUAUUUGUGAAUGGUGAAUGUGUGUGUAUUAAAUAUAUUUGGCUAUGAAAAUGUGAUGAAGAGAGUAGUUUCUCCUGACUGGUGUUAAUAUUGGAAUCUUGCCCAGGAAGUUAUUUCUUGCAUAUAUCUGACACUGAACUAGAAAGAGCUGAAAGGAAUGCAAGUGAGGGAGGGAUUUUGUGCCUGAUGAUGAGAUAAUGCUUUAAUUAGUCAAAGAAAUUGUGUACAGAGCUUUUGUGAAAAAGUACAAUAGUGUAAUGUUAAGAUCAAUAACACCACUUGUGAUAAUAAGCAUCAAAUAUGGUAGAGGAUAUUGGGGACCAGAAUUGUUUAUAAAUAUCUAUCAGUCAUGUUGUGAAGUAUAGCAGAAAUUUACUUUCUAUUCCAACACAGGGAAUUGAAACAUGAAUACUGUACAGUUAAAAAAAAAAAAGUAUAAACACUGUGAAGGGAGCUGUUUGAUUUAGAUACAUUGUUGGAAAUGUGGGCAGAGCAGGGAACCAGGUGCUAGAAGACAUGACAAAUUGUUGGUAGGAAAAUGGAGGGUGCAGCAUUAGCAUGUUCUCAUUUGAUGACAAAAAUAUUAGUUAUAAUUAUGGAGAGGGUAUGCAAGUAAAGAGACGAGUGAGAUGAACUGAGGGGAUAUCAGAAGAUGUGAAUGGGAUGAGCUGAGGGGGGUAUCAGAAGAUGAGGGGGUAUCGGAAGAUGUGAGUGGGAUGAACUGAGUGGUAUCGGAAGAUGUGAGUGGGAUGAUUUCGGAUGAACUGAGGAAAGUGUUGGAAGGUGAAACUGGGAAUGCAUAUAGGUAAGAGAAGGGUUGCAAAGGUGAUGGACAAGGGCAGCUGGAGACUACGUAAAUACUUGCAGUGACAGUCGGAAACAAUAUAUUUGAUGUGGAUUGUAACUAAAAACUAUAUUUAGCAAAUUACACUAGAUUGUAAUGUUUUUUCUAAUUUCAGAUUAUAUAUAACAAUAUAAGAUUCUAGUCCUAGAUAUAAUAGAUGGGUUAAAAACUCAAAAAUUUGUAAGAAGAAAAUAAAUCAGAGGAACAGCAUAAA